CAGCUGACAGCUGCUGGCACGGCGGCGGGCCCCGAGCAAGAUGGCGCUGCGGCCAGGAGCCGGAGCUGGCGGCGGCGGGGCCGCGGGAGCUGGCGCGGGGGCCGCAGGGGGAGGCAGCUUCAUGUUUCCUGUUGCAAGUGGAAUAAGACCCCCUCAAGGCUUGAUGCCAAUGCAGCAACAAGGAUUCCCUAUGGUCUCUGUCAUGCAGCCUAAUAUGAUGGGAAUGAAUUACAGCUCCCAAAUGUCCCAAGGACCCAUUGCUAUGCAGGCAGGGAUACCAAUGGGACCAAUGCCAGCAGCGGGAAUGCCUUACCUAGGACAAGCACCAUUCCUGGGCAUGCGUCCUCCAGGUCCACAGUACACUCCAGACAUGCAGAAGCAGUUUGCCGAAGAGCAGCAAAAACGAUUUGAACAGCAACAAAAACUCCUAGAAGAAGAAAGAAAAAGACGCCAGUUUGAAGAGCAAAAGCAAAAGCUCAGACUUCUGAGUAGUGUGAAACCCAAGACAGGAGAGAAGAGUAGAGAUGAUGCUUUAGAAGCCAUAAAAGGAAAUUUAGAUGGGUUUUCCAGAGAUGCUAAGAUGCACCCUACUCCAGCAUCGCACCCCAAGAAACCAGAUUGUCCCACAUCAUCUCAUUCUACUAAAACUGUCUCCCCAUCACCUGCCUUUCUUGAUGAAGAAGAAUUCAGUGACUUUAUGCAGGGGCCGGUUGAAGUUCCCACAUGUGGGCCUUCUUCCACAGCCCAGCCCUUUCAGUCUUUACAUCCCACCACCCCACUUGCCCAGUUGCUUACUCAGAAGGCCGGGGCACAGCCUCUCCCUCCAGGUCAGAUUCCAGUGUCUUUUGCCUUACAUGGUGGCCCUGGGCAAAUUCCUUAUUUCUCUACUGCUUCAGCCUCACAAAAUGUGCAGAAAGCAGGCCCUUCCUUGGAGGAGAAGCUCCUAAUGUCUUGUGAUAUAAGUACAUCUGAGCAGGAACAAAUUAAAUUAAAUACUUCUGAAGUUGGGCACAAAACCAUAGGCCCAGGUUCCAGUAAGAACCAUUCCGGUUUAACAGCCAAUAACGGGGGUGCUGUAGAUGGAUAUGUAAGUGGUGCCACCACUGCAGAGGCAGAAAAGACUUCAGACCAAAACCUGUCAAUUGAAGAGAGUGGUGUGGGAGUAUUUCCCUCACAGGAUCCUGUUCAGCCCAGAAUGCCUCCUUGGAUUUACAAUGAGAGUUUGGUUCCAGAUGCCUAUAAGAAAAUUUUAGAAACCACAAUGACUCCAACUGGAAUAGAUACUGCUAAACUUUAUCCCAUUCUGAUGUCAUCUGGACUUCCCAGGGAAACUCUUGGACAGAUAUGGGCCUUAGCUAAUCGAACUACACCUGGAAAACUUACUAAAGAAGAACUUUAUACUGUUCUUGCCAUGAUAGCAGUAACACAGAGGGGUGUUCCUGCUCUGAGUCCUGAUACUUUAAAUCAAUUCCCAGCUGCUCCUAUUCCAACUUUAAGUGGCUUUCCCAUCUCUCUGCCGACCCCUGUGAGUCAACCAACUGUGCUACCUUCAGGCCCUGCUGGCUCCAUGCCCCUCAGCCUUGGACAGUCAGUCAUGGGUAUUAACCUUGUUGGACCAGUGGGUGGAGCUGCAGCCCCAGCUUCUAGUGGCUUCAUGCCCACUUACUCAGCAAAUCAGGUGGGAAAGUCAGAAGAAGAUGACUUCCAGGAUUUUCAAGAUGCUUCUAAGUCAGGAUCCCUUGAUGACUCAUUCACUGAUUUCCAAGAGGUACCUGCUUCUUCAAAAACAAGUAAUUCCCAACAGGGAAACAGUACCCCAUCUCUUUUGAUGCCACUUCCUGGAACUAAAACAUUGGCUUCAGUGGAUAAAUAUGCAGUGUUUAAAGGAAUUGCAGCUGACAGGUCCUCUGAAAAUACUGUUCCAUUUGGAGAGCCUGGUGAUAAGUAUAGUGCUUUCAGAGAACUGGAACAGACAGCAGAGAGUAAAUCUGUAGGAGAGAGCUUUGCAGAAUUCAGAUCUGCCGGAACUGAUGAUGGCUUCACCGAUUUUAAAACAGCCGAUAGUAUAUCACCACUAGAGCCACCCACAAAAGACAAAACUUUUCCAGCAUCCUUCCCCUCAGGAACUAUACAACAAAAACAGCAAACACAAGUGAAAAAUCCUCUGAACUUGGCAGACCUAGAUAUGUUUUCUUCAGUUAAUUGCAGCAGCGAGAAACCCUUGUCUUUUUCAGCUGCAUUUAGCACAUCAAAAUCAGUUUCCACACGACCCUGUCAGCCAGCAGGUUCAGCCACAACGGUGACAACACUGGCAUCAACUAAAACUUCUAGUUUGGGUGAUGAUUUUGGAGAAUUCAACCUUUUUGGGGAAUAUUCUAGUCCAGCAUCUGUUGGGGAGCAGGAUGACUUCGCAGAUUUUAUGGCUUUCAGUAACAGCUCUAUGUCGUCUGAGCAAAAGGCAGAUGAUAAAUACGAUGUCCUUAAAGAGGAAGCUAGUCCUGUUCCUCUAACCAGCAACAUGGGCGGCACAGUAAAGAGUGCACAGAACCCAGCUGCUUUAUCCACCAAGUACGAUGUCUUCAAACAACUUUCUCUAGAAGGAGCUGGAUUAGGUGUUGAAGAAUUAAAAGAUAACACUCCUGGAAAAAGUGAUGAUGAUUUUGCUGACUUCCACUCCAGUAAAUUUUCUUCCAUGAACUCGGACAAGAACUCGGGAGAGAAAGCAGUGGCUUUCAGACACACCAAAGAAGACUCUGCUUCAGUGAAGUCCUUGGAUCUCCCUUCCAUUGGUGGCAGCAGCGUUGGCAAGGAGGACUCUGAAGAUGCACUCUCUGUUCAGUUUGACAUGAAAUUGGCUGAUGUGGGAGGAGAUCUUAAGCAUGUCAUGUCUGAUAGCUCUUUGGAUUUACCAACAGUUAGUGGCCAGCAUCCUCCUGCUGCAGAUAUAGAGGACUUAAAAUAUGCUGCUUUUGGGAGCUACAGUAGCACUCUUACAAUGAGCACCCUUACAAGCUAUGACUGGUCAGACAGGGAUGAUGCUUCUCAGGGCAGAAAACUCUCUCCAUUUGUCCUCUCAGCAGGAAGUGGAUCCUCCCCAGCUGCCUCAGUUCUUCAAAAGAAAGAGACAUCAUUUGGCAGUUCUGAAAACAUCACCAUGACCUCUCUCUCCAAAGUAACGACUUUUUCAAGUGAAGAUGUUCUUCCAGAAACUACCUUUCCAGCUUUUGCCAGUUUUAAAGACAUGAUUCCCCAGACCAGUGAGCAAAAGGAAUAUGAAAGUGGGGACUAUAAAAAUUUUACAAAACAAGACCUGUCUAUAGCUGAACAGAGCCAAGAGGCCACAUGUUCAAGCCCAGCUUCCAGUGGCACCUCUCACGAAACCCCCAAAGAAUGUUUAGAUGACUUUGGAGAGUUUCAAAGUGAAAAGCCCAAAAUCAGCAAAUUUGACUUUUUAGUAGCCAAUUCACAAAGCAAAAUGAAAUCCAGUGAAGAAAUGAUCAAAAGUGAGCUGGCAACCUUUGACCUCUCUGUUCAAGGAUCACACAAGAGGAGCUUGAGCCUUGGUGAUAAAGAAAUAAACCGAUCCUCUCCUUCUCCAGCCCUGGAGCAACCUUUCAGAGAUCGUUCCAAUACUCUGAGUGAGAAGCCUGCUCUGCCUGUCAUUCGUGACAAGUACAAAGAUCUGACCGGAGAGGUGGAGGAAAAUGAGAGAUACGCGUAUGAAUGGCAGAGAUGCCUGGGGAGUGCCCUAGAUGUCAUUAAGAAGGCAAAUGACACCUUAAAUGGAAUUAGUAGUAGUGCUGUUUGCACAGAAGUUAUUCAGUCAGCUCAAGGCAUGGAAUAUUUAUUAGGUGUUGUUGAAGUGUACAGAGUAACCAAACGUGUGGAACUGGGAAUAAAAGCCACUGCAGUGUGCAGUGAGAAACUGCAACAGUUGCUGAAGGACAUUGAUAAAGUAUGGAAUAACCUCAUCGGCUUCAUGUCCCUCGCCACACUCACACCAGAUGAAAAUUCACUGGAUUUUUCUUCCUGUAUGCUUCGACCUGGGAUUAAAAAUGCUCAGGAACUUGCCUGUGGGGUGUGCCUCUUAAAUGUGGACUCUAGGAGCCGGAAAGAAGAGAAGCCUGCAGAAGAACAUCCUAAAAAAGCGUUCAACUCAGAAACAGACAGUUUCAAGCUGGCCUAUGGAGGGCACCAGUAUCACGCCAGCUGUGCCAACUUCUGGAUCAACUGUGUUGAACCAAAGCCUCCUGGUCUCAUCCUGCCUGACUUGCUCUGAAAAGAUCCUCUAGGAAGCACUGUUUUGUUUCGUGUUUUUUCUGUCACACCCCUGGGGGUGACAGGGACCAAUAAACAGAAUAUGAGUACUGCAAGGUUCACCUCCAUGAAACUGUAUGAAUUCCCCAAGAGGCAGAGAAAACGCAUUGGAAGUUCCCCUCAUUCCUACAGACCACCUUUGAUGUCUGAUUCCUGCUGCCAGUCUCUGGGAUUUGAGAUAAAAUUGACAACAGAAAGAAGUUUGUGCACUUAUUUCUAGUUCUCUUAAGUUGUUCGAAAAUAUGGACCACAGUUUAAAGAAUAAUUUGCUGCUGCGAUACUGAAACUGUGAAGAAUUUGACAUUUGAAGAAGAAUAACUUCUUAUCGUGGGACUGGUAUUGGCAGGACUGUGCAAGCCAGUGCGUGUUUUAUGCUCAGAACACACGUGGUCCUGUGAAUAGAAUGCAUUUCUCUGCAUUUAGUUUGUAAAUAUCUGUAAUGAAUAAAAGGGAGAUAUUGUGAUUUAAUUGAUACUCUAUGUUCUUAAAGAAAAAACUUAGCUCAUCUCCUUUGGACAGUAGCAGGCCGUGAGGACAGAUGUACCAUCUUUUCUGUCCACAACUGAACCUCUGCUCCUUUCCUUCAUUUCUGAAACUGUCAGCUUUCAAGAAAACUCUUUCCCAAAACAUGCCUGAGUCCUUUGUAGUGGAGAGGAACAUCCAUUUUGACAGAGGUGCAUCAUCUGUGAAUCAGGAUGAAUAUGCUUUCCCUUUGGAGACUUUAUCGAAAACCUUUUUUGCCCCCACAAAAAUCCUAGCUAUUUUUCCAGAGAAGUUCCGGAAAGGCCAUGGAACAAAAUCUCUCUGCGGUGGCCUCGCUCCACAUUUCCAAAGAUGACGGUGUAGGGGCCAGCGCUGCCAAACUGCAUGUCCGUGAGUGAUCUGAAAAUUAACUCAGGGUGAGAGGGGAGCUCCCAGCCUGGUGAGCAGGAUAGUAAAAUAUAUGUCUAUUUAUGGUAGAGAUAAAUGUUGUAGAAGCAUGGAAGGAAACUGUUUUAGAAGGAAAAGGCUUAUGUUCUCUGGUGUGAGAUUUUCUUUGCUGCUUAAACUGAAUGCAUAAAAUCAGGACCUAGAGCAAAAUUUUAAAGGCUGUUAUUCCUAGGAAGAAUGGACCAAUCUAGAAUACAUACUUCUCUGUUACUUUUGUGCUCCAUGAAGAUAUUUUGAAUCUAGUAUGCGUCACUUUGUAUGAUUUAGGCUUUCUGACCUAGGCUGGUUUUAAUUGUAAACUUUGAAAAAAGGUUCAUUUUCUUCUGGAUAUCUGCUGCUUUUACACAAUUGUUUUCCCCUUUCAGGACAAAACUUGGGGGAAUUGUGCUAUUUCAUCUUAUACCUUUUACAUUUCCUUCAACAAAGUCUGCUCUACCCUGCUGUAUACCAGGACACAGAGAAGUGUUGAGAUAAAUCUGUUUUUCUCAUUUGCUCCAGAUGACACCAUCUCCAGCUGUUUAUGACUGAGAUGGCUAUCUGAAUUGUCACCUAGAGCCUUUUGCCUCCGCAGAGCAAGUGUAGUGCUUGUAACAGCACAGGUGGGCCCGUGUUUAGGAGAAACCCUACCUGAGGCCUCUGUCCCGCUUCAUCCUGGACGGCGCUAGUUUUCAUUAUGGCACCAGAAUAACAAGCAGGCUUAACUGUCUUGCAUAUUCCAUAAUGGAAUCUACCUAGCAAGAAUGUUUCCAAGCUUGACAGAAUUUAUGUUGCUGAAGUACUUUGGGGGAGAAUGCUGUGUGGAUUGUUAUUCUGUCACAGUGGCCUAUAUCAAUGACAUUUUUUUAAAGUACCUGUUAACUAGAUUGGUUUCCCUUCCUAGAUGUACUCCAGAAUGCCUCAGAUUAAAUUCCUGCAUAUAAUCACAGCUGUGUUUACCAAGUAUGAGAGGUUUAGUGACGCUUUGGGAGGUGCCAGAAGAAAAUUCAGUAGACGUCAACCAAAAACCACUGCUUUAAAAAGUGUUCACUACUUUUGAUAUCUGUUUAAUACUUGAAAUGUUUAGUUACCUGCCACCGAUAAGGAUUUGGGAAGUGUGGAAUACCAUCAGGCUGAGUUUUCUUUGCAUACAUUUAUUGAAAUGACUCAUCACUGCAUUCAGCCUCACCUCAGCUCUUGUUAGCCAAGAGCCCAGUGUCCUUGGAAACAGUAACCAAGGUUACUUAUUUCCAUACUGGGUAUUGUGUCAGGCAGCCUCACCCCACCGCUUGAAUGGCGAUUAAUAAGCACUUUUCUUUUUGGCAUUGCAUUUUUGCCUUUAAAAUUUCUGUGGCUUAGUGUGUAAUUUAAUUUUUGUCUGGACAUGCUUGAGAUAGAAGAGGUACAGGUAUACUAAAAUAUUUUCUAUGGUUUAUUUUUCCUAUGGUUACUAGUUAGCAUUCUAGAUGGGUUGCAUAUUCUAAAUUAUUUAAAUAUUUUGUGUAUAUACAAAUAUUUUGGGCAUUUUGGGUGUUUUUGCUUUUUGGUCUGAUUUAUUUAAAGAUAUGUUCUACUUUCCUAUUUAAUUAGUAUGUUCCUAAAGCUAUGAAAAGACUAUGAGGGGCUGUAUAUCCUAUAUAUUUGAAAAUGCUUGCUCUGGGGACCACUGUGAAAAUUCCCCUUUAUACCUUCUAGGUCAAUACACCUUUCUUUGUGAACAGCUAAUAAACUGACAUUUUCAGACAUCUGCCAUUUAAAAGGGAGCAUUAUAGUCUGUUGUAGACUGUUCUGGCAAAUGUCAGAAUGCAGGGCAGGAUGAGUUUAGCCUGUUUUGUUUAGGUUGGGGAGUAUUUCUUUGGAGAAGUGUGGGCCAAACAAUAGAAUUGAAAAGCCCUUUAUAAGGUCAAGCUGAAAAAAAUAAAUCUUAAGUAAAAUAGUUCUUGGGUGAAAAAUGCCACUUUACAAAUUACCUUUCUAACAAAAUAUAUCAAAAUUUUUACUUAAUUCCAUUCUUCAUAUGUUGAUAAGUAAAUGGGUUCUUUAAAAAAAAUAUUUAUGGGGGCAUCUCAUUAUUUUGUAGUGGUGGCUGUAUUAACCAGUGCUGUAAGUCCACAGUGAAAUGAGUUGUGUGUGAUGUGGAAUUUGGUCCUACAUUUUAAAAGAUGGUAUGGCUUUUUCCCUUUGUGUACAUUUUAAUAAACAAACAAUUGCCCUAACUGCCAUGUUUAGAAAUUAUAAAGCUUGAUCUCUAAAAUAUUGUCAGGGUUUGUUCUGAAUUAAGCAUUUGUUAAGCUUCUCUAACAGAAAACCCAAUGUCAUGCUCCUAGACUUUUGGUCUUUUCUUUACUGGGUUUAGAUUUCAUAGAAACAGGUGUGGAGGCACACACCUGUAAUCCUAGCUACUCGGAGGCUGAGCCAGGAGGACUGCAAAUUCAGGGCCAGCCUGGGAAACUCUGAGACCCUCUCAAAAAAGGCUGGGAAGGCAGCUCAGAGGGAGAGCACCCCAGAGUUUAAUCCCCAGUAGCACAGACACACAGACACACACACACACAAACAGAUGUAAGUCACUGGAAUGAAUGAGGGCCAAAGCACUUAGGUAUUAGGCUUCCCAAAUGCAAAGAACACUCUUAGUUACAGCUCAGUAGUGGUGUUUGCCAGAAUUUCUACAGGAAAUUUUCUUUAAUAUCUGUAACCAGGUGUUUUCCUCAUAUAAUACAAUGGCUAUUUUUGGCUCUUACUCAAAAGACUAUCAGUUUUCAUGCUGAGCUUCACAGAAUAAAUCCCUGGAUUUUAUUUUAGAUCAUGUGUUAAUGUUGCAUUUGUGUUCUUUGAUUUUCCACAUAAACUUUAAUUUUCCCAUUUAGACAAGAAUGAUGCACUUUUAGAAGAGUGGGCAAAUGGUAUAACACAAGGUAGGAUUUAGAUGGAAAACCAUUGCCACAGACCAGAUAAAAGCAGGAAGCUAAAAGUUUGUCUGAACAUCUACCUUUUGGCAUACCAAUGGCUUCCCGCCAAAACAGACCAAGUGAAAUGAGGCAAUGAUGGAACUUUCUCACUGUGUGGUGCAGACUUCUGGAUGACUCUCCUAAGGAACAACCUGGUCAACACCCAGGAGCAUGAAUAGAGAAGAGCUCAUUAAACCUCUACCACAACUGAAUGGAUU